GGAAGGAGGCGUGCGUGUGUUUCUGUGUGUAUGUCGGGAUGCCAGGAGCCAUGGCGCUGGACCUAGACCUGGAUGAGGGGCUGCGGAAGAGCAACGCCCGCUUCAUGGUCUCCAUCAACCGCAUCCUGGAGCGGUAUAAUCAACCUUUUGAAGAUGAUUUACUUAUUUCCAUGGAAACUCUGACUUACAAUACAUGUAAAGGGCCUAAACGAUGGGAAGAAGUAUCAAUUGAGAAGCUUAGAAAAUGGAAGAAGGAAGUACUUGAGCGUACUAGAGGAAGUCAAAGCAAUGCAGAUCUGUCAAAGAAACAAACUAGUGAUUUUGAAGAUGGACAUUCAACAAUAAAUCAGGAAUCUCCUGAGAACUCCUGUAUGGAUACAUCUGACAUAGUUGUAGGUGAAGAAAGCAAUGCUGAUAUAGCUUCAGUAAGAAGACAAUUUGAAAACAUUCACUUCCAGAAUCACCACCUAGAUGAUGAGAAAAUCCAAGACAAAGUAAAAGUUCAAGUGGAUGCAAUAGUACAAGAUUCUGCUAGAAAAAUUCCCGAGUGGAUUACGAUAGCACGUCAAGGUUCACCAAAAGGUCUUCAUUUAGCUUCACCAGUGCAAGAGCUGAUUGGCAACCAAGCCAGUGUUUGCAGAAGGAAAGUAGAGUUGUCAAAUGAAUGUUCUUCAUCAAGACCUGUGCAAUUAAAAUUUUGUGAUGUUCCUAUUUCACCAAAGAGAAUAACUGUACCCAGGCAUCAGUGUUCUCCAAGACUGGAUAAAACAUGCUUUAUCUUGGAAGAAUACCAGUCUGCAGAUGACGAAUGCUCCUGGGGCGACAUAACUCUUGCAGACUUGUAUCCAUCCAUGGUAGAGACACUUACAAGGCUCAUGACAAAAGAGUCCCGAAGAAAAGCGUUAAAAUACAUGUUUGGACAUUUUAGACAUAAAAAAAGGCGUCCUAGAAGGCUGAAGCUCAAUGUCACUGUAGACAAAAUAAGAGGGUUCAGACCUCUUAAACUGAAGAAAGCACUACCUAGCAUAUGCAGCAGUAGGAGUGAAGAGAUCUGGAAUCAAACAUUUGGAGAUGAGAGUGGAGAACUUUGUGAUGACAAUUGUGCCAUUAAUAAUUUAUCUGGUCAGGUGCCUUAUUCUUAUAUUGAUAAAAAUGAAGUCAAAAUGAACUACUCUGACUCAAGUUUAGAACAUCAUUUGAUAUCUGGAAAAGGCCAAAAAUUCUCCAAACACACAGUUUUUCCUAAUGUUAUGGCUACAAUGGGAGAGACAUUUCUAGUUGAAGAUGAUUUACAGCCUGCUGUGUCACUGAAGAAUUCAAAAUGCAAAGAAAGUGAAAAAUUGGUUUACAAAUGUUCUUCAGAAUACCAUUUCAGAACAUCUGCUGCCAGUUCAGGGUCAGCAGUGCUUCAUCUGGUAAAAGACAGUAAAACUCGAAAAACUGCCUUUCCUUGUGGUGAUACCUCAGAGCUGUGUUCAUCUGCUUGCAGUUCCUAUGGCAAUAGUAACACUUCUACACUUGUCACAAACUGUUCUCCUCUGAGACCAUCGAACGCUUUGCUCCCAACUCCUGAAAAAUUAAUUUCUGAAAGACGAAUUUCUUUCCAGUGCACUCGCUCAUUUUCUUCAUUGUCUACAAAGCAGAGUCCCUCAAAAAUGCCCCAGAAAUACGAAGAUGCAUUUGAAAAACUCUACUACAAACUGUGUUUGAAAGAAAUCCAAACGCCUUUGACAAGACCUCUUUCAAAUUCACAGAACCUUGAAAAGAAAGGAGGAUUAGUGAAGAUGGAUCUAAGUGGUUCUGUGAUGUUUAAUACACAGUAUGAUCUAGAAUUCAACAAGAUCUAUAAGCAAUUGUGUAGUGAGGCUGUUCCAGAACUUCCUGGGAUUCAGAGAGCUUCACAUUUGAGGAAAUAUGAAGGAGUACAGCUGUCUGAAACUGUAAAUGCUCUUGUUAACUCUCCUGUUCGAACAUUAUCUGCAAUUCCCAGAGUUAAAAGAGUAGGAAAUUUUCAAAAUGAUCUUCUUUGUUCUCCAGUAAAGCGACUGAAAAAUAUACCAGAACGUUAUUUUACAUCACCAAAAUGUCAACAGAUUCCUCACAGAAAAAAUGUUAAUCUUCAGACAGUUGGCAUGGAUUUUUUGAGCACGUGCAAUGGCAGUAACACCAGCUUUUUUGGCAGUCACAACUGUCAGAGUCAGGAUUCUGGAUUUCAUGCUUCUUCAGAUAAAACUUUUCUUGAUAUUCCCAGUGCUUCCCUACAAGAAUCUGGGAUUGCAGAUGCCCACUCUGCUUGGCCUAGGGCGAUGAAGAAUCACAGCCAUCCUGACAAUGCACAGAAGCAUAACAAAAGGAUAUCCAGAAAACUAAGCUACACUGAUGGGAAAGACAAAAAGCCUAGCGAUCCCUUGGAUGACUUCCUGGUCAAAACUUACAGAGGAACAUUCACAGACUGCUACAGUAAAAACAUUGUUUUAUAAAGUUUGGGUUUGGUUUGGUUUCCUUACUCUAAGGAAUCAAGGAUUUAUUAUAAUAUGUAAUAUAGGAGUAGUCCUGAUUUAUACUUCCUUGUAAUAUAAAUCUUCAGGAACUGGUUCAUCCCUUCUGACAGGGUACUGCUUAAUCCUUUAGCUUCAUCAGGUAUUGCAGGGCUAAGUUUAAAUUGUAUAUUGGCUGCUGUUUAUAAUAACAAUGUGAUCUGUAUUAUCUUUUUAUCUGCUAAUAACCUUUGGUUCUUAAUGUAUUAAUAUUAAGGUAAGUAACAAGCUCUUUCUGCUGAAUUCUGGCCUAUUCAUAUUUUCUACAUAGGUCAGUACUAAAUAAGCAAAAAAAAAUCUAAGCUGGGCUUCAUGGUCCAACUGCAGUAUUGUACGCUAUGACUUAUAUGUAAUAUGCUUAUUAUAUAAUUUUAAUGUUAAAUUUUUGUAGCAUCUUAACAAAGUUGAUCAAUGAAACUUUAUCACUUUUAGUGGAUUUGAUAGUUAUGUUCUGUGAUCUAACAAAGUUCUACCUGGCACAAUAUGUUAUAUAUUCUAAAUAAAAAUCUGUUCCAAACAAAUACUUGCUUUCAACAUUUUAUUUCAGAUAUGUAAGUUGUCAGGAGGAGUUUGUAUACCUACAGCAAAUACAUGAGAAUAAUGUGGCAGGGUCCCACAUGUUUGCAUUGUUUUUUUCUUUCUUGGCAAAGAGAUUGUUUUAGUGAUGUUCAGGUCAAUUUCGCUGUUUUAUCAGCAUUGACCCUUGUCAGCCUUCUGAGCUCCAGGAAGGGGAAAAAAAAUAUUUUCCUUUGGCUUUACUUCAUUUCUGGGCAUGCAGGAUUUUUUUCUAUGUUAUUUUAGCUCUUAAAGCUCUGUGGUGAUACUUUGAUCUGUCUUCUGCUUCAAUCUCUGUUCUUCUUCCCUUACAAUUUUUCUUCUUCUUCCACCAUAUCCUCAUUUGCUUCUUCUUCACUGUUCCAUUGAACUGAUAUUUGAAUGCUAAGCUUACAUUUAAUAAAAACAGCUUCACACUGCUACCGUCUGCUUCCGAAUUUUUGUAAAGAACACUGGAGAAACUAGACUGGUUACUGAAACAGUACAACCUAGACCUAGCAUCUCAUUUUCUUAGUUUGUUGUAAUUAGUUGGAACUUUCUUUAUACAUAAAGAAUUUAACAAAUAUAUGAUAAUUUAUGUAGGUCUUUCUCUAAUGGUUUUUAGAUGGAUCAACAGCGAACAUCGUUUCUCAUGUGAGAAUUUGGAAGUCAUUUCAAAACUAUCCCAAGAAAUCAUUUAAAAAAAAAAAUCAUUCUGUUGCUGAAUUAUGCAGACAAAAGUUAAAGAGCUGACGGAAUAAAGCUAAAUCUGGACUCUGGCAGCAUGAACAGUGCCUUGGAAACAGUUGAUAGGCCAUUAAAAAUGAUCCUGAAAUGGAGUCUGCGAAAGUAACAGUGAAUAAUUUAAUGGAAGCAGAGAUUAAAUGUGGAAAGGAACUUUAUAUUGAAGGAAAAUACCUACACAAACACCCUGCUUUUCUAGAAAGCUGUGUUGCAAGGGGAAAUAGCUGCUGCAAAUUGGCAUGAAUGUAAUAAAUAGCUGGACUAAACAAUGAAGACCAAGAAUAGAAAGGAGAGUAGAUGUACCUAAAUCUUAUGAGGUGGACUUAUUGUUACACAUACUCUCAAUGACAGAAGUGUGUACUUCCAUUAAACCGAUGAUCAGGCUGAAGCGACAGGUUCAGUUUAAGUAAUUCCAAAGUUCUUUGACUUUAGAGGAAGGGCAUAAUCAAGAGUUCAAAUGCUGUCAGAAAACUGCAAAAUAGCAACAUCUCUACAAAGUGCACAUAAAUUGCAUUAAAUGAAAAUACAACAUCCUUUGUUUUGUGUGU